AUGCUCGAGCGAGUGUCAUCAACUCACCAUUCACGUUUUCCUUUAGCUGCUACAUACUUUGAAACAGUCACAUGCUCAGCUGAUCAGCAUGUAUUUCUUAAGGAGCAGGCCGAUGAAUUGGCUACAGAGGUCAUACAAAAGGCAAAAUGGUCGAUGAGCUAUGAGGAUGGUACAAACGGAUGGAAGCUUUUGAAUUCGCAGCGACACUUUCGAGAGACUGGAAUUCGUACGUAUAAUAAACGAUGCGACGGGCGUGAUCGCAACGGUCAUCGCCAACUUGAGUUUCGCUGUAUGGGUAAAGUUCAGAUGCCAGUUGAACACUGCCUUAGUGCGCUUUACUCGGACAAUACGACGGACUUCCGGAGCAACUCGACGUUUCUCGUUGAGGACGCGUUAGAUGCCGUUGUACUAAAUGCUCUGGAGACGAAGACGGAAGAGCAGCCGCAUCAUUAUCUUGGUCUCAAUUGGAUGGCAAUUCGCUCACCGGGUCUUUUUUCCAAAAACCGAGACUUGUGCUAUCUUCGAAGUAUGGGCACAACCUUGGAUAGCAACAAUACGAUGGUCGGGUACUUAGUCAUUCUGUCCGUCGAUAUGAAGGAGUGUCCGUCGCUGGAAAAUGCGCUUGGUCUCAUCCGUUGCAACAUUUCAUCCGUGCUGUUAUUUAAAAAGAACAAGGGUUCACGCUUCACUAAUGUCUUGUGGCAAGGAUCGAUCGGAUCAAGUGGACACUCGUCUAGCAAGCUAGCAAAUUUUGUGCACGAGACUUUUACGUCUGUUGUUUUAAAUGUGAAGAAGGUUCAAGAAGCCAAGUACAUGGCGCAGCAAGUGGAAGGUUAUAAGUUCCAGCGGAUGAUUGCCGGUGGACGAAAGCAGUGCCACGUUUGCAGCAAGAAAUUUUCGCUCGUACGGACUCGCUUUCAAUGCAGCGCAUGUGGCGAAAAUAUGUGCAAGGAUUGCGAAGUAUCCAGUCGAGCAAAAGCGUAUAAUAGCAAAAGCUUUGACGUACCGGCGCCGACCUCUAGUCGUCCGGAAAUCGUGUUAUUUUGUAAGAAAUGCGUGACCAUUGCUCGUCGUGACAUGAAUAAUCAGUUCGAUCGAGAAAGCACGCAAGCAAACCCGUCAUUUUUUAUUUUCGACAACAAUGUGCGCUCGGCUUUGACAGACGACAGAGAUCAUCGCCUCUCAAAUGCUGGUAAAGCUUUAAAUCAGAGCAGUAGUACAAGUAAUAGUUCAUUGCAGAAGCUAGUGACCAACUCAAGUACAGGAUUUGCUACCUGGACCGAUAGUACACCACUCUUUGUUGGGACAGCGAUUCACAUGUCCCGUACUGGUGAAGUGCCUAUGAGUCCUCUAUCCAUCCGAACGAAGAGUGAAAAGCGACGCAAUCGAUUGGAAACAGACCCUAUGGAGUACUAUGACGGCUUUGAUAACGAUGAGUACGGUGUUCCAUUGGACAUGGACGAGUACGACCCACAUGAACCAAUGAGGGAGAGUUGCAGCAGUUUCAGCAGCUACAAAUUCACGUCAUCGGACCGACGAGGGUCUCAAGAAUCUCGCGAUAACGAUAUGGCGAGCAGGUUACGGGAGAUCUCACAGCGAGCUCAAGAGGCCUUGGAUGUGACAAAGCGCAACUCUUGCAUGAUGAGUGACACGAGCAGCGCGCCACGAGUGUCGGACCUGUCGGCAUUCAAGGAGCUGGAUAAGUCCAUAGCUGAGCAAGCGGAUUUACUUAACGUUAUUGGUUUUGUAAGUACUGGUCGUAUGUAUAUGGAGAAUAAUGGCCCUGAACAGGGUGGUGUACGUGUGAGUGAGUCACUUGAACAAUGCCAUGAGGACGAUCGGUUUGAAGUAACAGCCUAG